AUGCAGGGGGACUAUGCGGACUUUGGUGCCAAUGAUGCAAUGACCUUUGACACAACAUGGUUGUUUGGGACAUUCAAGAGGUGCAUGGGAGGGAAAACACCAAGAUGCAUCCUAACAGAUGAAGACCCAUCAAUGAAGGUGGCAAUACCUGAGAUGUUCCCGGGUAUAGUACAUAGGCUGUGCAAAUGGCAUGUGGUAAAUAAAGUGCAGACUAAACUCAAUGAGCUGUACGAGCUGCACAAAGAACUGAAAGAUGUGUUCAAUUCAACCAUCAACCAUCCACUGACACCAACAGAGUUUGAGAGUGCGUGGGCAGAGAUGUUGUCAAGAUUCAAACUGCAAGAUGACCCGACAUUAAGAAGCCUGUACAAUAUAAGGGAAAGGUGGGUAAAGGCAUUCUUCAAGCAUAAAUAUUGUGGAAGGAUGACAUCUACACAACGGAGCGAGAGCACUAACAUGAUGGUUAAAAACAACUUUGUGAACCACACAACUGUGCUCCAUAAAUUUGCCAAGCAAAUGCUGAAGGUUAUCCAAAGGCGGAGAGCAGCCGAGGCCGCAGAGGAAUAUGGUGGCAUGUGCAGAACAGAUGAGAGUGGAUGGGGAUUUGUUGAUCAGCUACGACGGGUGUAUACAAGAAGAGUUUUCGAGCAGGUGGAGAGUAUACCAGGGAGCUAUAUUCUUAGGAGGUACACCAGGAAUGCAAGGAUGGAACUUCCAUUUGACCGACAUGAUGAGAGAUUGGUUGGACCGGAUGGGACAACACAGAAAUACCGGCAAACAACGCUGCUAGUGGUUGCAAUGGCAAUUGUUCGUGCAGGAAGCAUGUCAAGACCGGCAUACGACAAGGCAAUGAAAGAUCUGAAAAUUCUAAGAGGACAGAUUGAGAACCUACCAGCAGACAUUGGACAUUCACAAGGAGAAACAAGUACAAUUACCUCAAGACAGGGUUGGGAGCAAACAUAUAGCAGCCAGGCGACAGAUGGCAUGUGCACAGAAGAAAAUCAUGAUGAAAACAUUCACACUACAACCGUAAAUGGAAUUAUGGAGUCAAGAGCACCACAUAUAAUCAAUAUGGUCAACCGUGCACCCCCUCCAAAGGCCAAAACCAAGGGACGUAGGGUGGAUGAGGGAGAGAAGCGAACACUAGGCGCAAGAGGGCCUAAGAAAUGUAACCGAGCUUGCAAGCUUUGUGGAAUCGCAAAUGGACAUAAUAGAGGAACCUGUCCAGAAAACCCAAAGAACAAGGACAGGAUUGCCAAGCUGAAUCAAGGUCCGAGAAAGAGGGGGAGGCCAAAGGGUAGCGGGAAGUCAACGGUGGCAGGCAAUAAAAAUAAGGUUUGCCGGUCGCUGGAUGAAGAUCUGCACGUGCGUUGA